UUGGAAGCUGAACUGGAGGAGGUGACGGAGCGUUUGGAGGAACAGGGCGGAGCCACGGCGCUGCAGAUGGAUCUCAAUAAAAAGCGAGAUGCAGAAAAUAUGAAGUUGAAACGCGAACUGGAAGAAGCUCGCAUUCAACACGAGCAGCAGAUUGCUGUACUGCGCAAGAAAAAGAGCGAUGAACUGAACGAGAUCUCCUGUCAACUUGAUCUGUCAAACAAAGCUAAAGUCAAGUAA